AUGAACCCACUACUGUUACUCGCAUUCCUCCUCUGCCUCCUCCCCUGUUUUUCAUCCAAAGACACCAUAACCUUCGACGAAUCUCUUGUAGAUGGACAAGUCAGAGUCUCUAGCGGAGAAAAAUUCAGCCUUGGGUUCUUCAGCCCCGGGGUGUCCAGCAAUCGCUACCUCGGAAUUUGGUUCACUCAAGUCUCAAUACAGACUGUUGUUUGGGUCGCCAACAGAGAUAAUCCGAUCAACGAUACUUCCGGAGUGCUCUCGUUCGACCGUUCUGGCCGCAAUCUUGUCCUCUGGUGUUGCUCAGGAACGAACACUACGACUAGUACCACUCUGUGGUUUGCAGGUGGCAAGUCAAUGGCUCGCCUAUUAGACACUGGAAAUUUAGUAAUUCUGCUUCAACAAGAACCCACGAAGGCUUCAGAUGCAAACAAUCUGGUUGGUAAGGAGGUAUGGUGGCAGAGUUUUGAUCACCCAACAGACACCGUGCUUGCAUCUAUGAAGCUGGGGUUAGACAGGGAAACUGGAAUCAAUAGGAUAAUUCGUUCAUGGAAGUCCCCUGACGAUCCAGCGACAGGGGACACGUCCUACUACUUGGACCCAAAUGGGUCACCUCAGUUGAUGUUAUACAAAGGUCAGACGAAAAAAUGGCGGAGUGGGAUGUGGAAUGGUAUACGGUGGAGCGGGGUUGCGUACAUGUCGCGUGGGUUUACUUCAAUCUUCAACACAAGUGUCGUCAACGACGACAAUGAGUCGACUGUCGUUUGGGGAGUGACUGAUCCCACCAUCAUUUUUAGGAUCUACACGCACCCCUCGGGAAACGUGAGGCGAGCCACGUGGAACGGUCAGCGCGGUGAGUGGUUCGAAUCGUUUUACAUGCCCAAAGACCCGUGCGACUACUAUGGACAGUGUGGGCCGAAUGGGAACUGCGAUCCGAAUAGAGAUGCAGGGGAGUUUGUGUGCAGUUGCAUUCCAGGGUUUGAGCCCAAGAUUUUGGCUGACUGGUCAAUGAACGAUGGGUCGAGCGGGUGUGUGAGGAAGCGGUCGAGGAAUUCGAGUUGUGGCCGGGAUGGUGAAGGGUUUGUAAAAUUGGAAAAUGCUAAAGUUCCCGAUUCAAUGACGGGACGAUUGAACAAGGGUAUGUAUUUGGACAUGUGUAGACAAGAGUGCUUGAAAAACUGUUCUUGCACGGCUUAUGCGAGUUCUGACUUGGCUAGUGGAAUUGGAUGUGUGACAUUAUAUGGAGAUUUGUUAGAUACGAGAGUAUUUGCUGAUGGUGGCCAGGACUUGUACGUGCGGGUGGACGCAAUCGAACUAGAUGAGUACAUGAAGAGUUUGAGAGGACAUACAGACACAAGGAAGAGGAAGAUGUUAGCAAUUGUGUUGGUGUCUGUGACUGCGGCCAUCAUUUUGAUUCUCUCCCUUGUCUAUUUCCUUCUAAGAACCAAAAGGAAAGGAAACAAUGGAGGGUCCAACAGUAUCAGCCAAGUGACCAUCUUUUCUAUCAAUGAUAUAUUUAUUGCCACGGCAAAUUUCUCCUUAGACAACAAACUUGGACAAGGUGGUUUUGGCUCUGUUUAUAAGGGUCGGCUGCUAGAUGGACGAGAGAUCGCAGUCAAAAGAUUAUCGAGAACAUCGAGACAAGGUACCGAAGAAUUCAAAAAUGAAGUGCAAUUAGUUUCCAAACUCCAACACAACAAUUUGGCAAGGCUGUUUGGUUGUUGCAUUCACGGAGAGGAGAAGAUGUUGGUCUAUGAAUACUUGCCGAAUAAAAGCCUCGACUUCUUCAUCUUUGAUAAGAUAGAAGGGACGGGGUUGGACUGGAAGACACGAUUCAAUAUCAUUAUUGGAACUGCUCGAGGGCUAUUGUAUUUACAUCAAGACUCCAGGCUAAAAAUUAUUCAUCGAGAUCUGAAAGCUAGCAAUGUUCUACUUGAUGCCACAAUGAACCCCAAAAUUUCAGAUUUUGGGAUGGCUAGGAUGUUCGAACAUGAUCAAAUGGAGGCAAACACAAACAGAGUUGUCGGAACCUACGGAUACAUGGCACCUGAGUAUGCAAUGGAAGGUAUGUAUUCAAUGAAAUCAGAUGUCUAUAGCUUUGGAGUCAUGACACUUGAGAUAGUGAGUGGUAGAAGAAGCAACCAUUACAAUCAAGAGAGUUCAUCACUUGGGUUGAUUGAUCUUUCGUGGGACAUGUGGAAAGAAGGAAAAGCGUUGGACGUGAUGGAUUCAUCAACCAUAGCAUCGGAAUCCUACUUUAAAGACCAAGUGAUGAGAUGCAUUCAGAUUGGCCUGUUAUGCAUUCAAGAAUCUCCAAAAGAUCGACCGACCAUGUCAAACGUUGUCUUCAUGUUAGUAAACGCAACUAGUGUUCUUCCAUCUCCCAAGAAACCGGCAUUCAUCUCCAAAAGGAAAUUCGUCGAUCCAGACUCAGCAGCGGCCGCAGCUGGACCAACCGUUCCUUCCAUCAAUAAUGUGUCGAUCACCGAUUUGGAAGCUCGAUGAUGCUUAAAGCGCUACGUUUGGAUGAGGAAUUGUAACAUCCUAAAUCUCUCCAUAUUAUUCGACGAAAAAGUGGUUGUUUUAUUUCUGAAUACAUGUA